AUGGUGAGAUAUAGUAACAAUAUGUUUUUUAAGCCAUUAAUAUUAAGAAAUUCUCAUACACUUUCCAAAUUUACUUCUUCUUCAGUAAUAUUGAGAAGGACAGAAACGUUGCCAUGGCUAUAUCGACAAAGAUUUCAAGCUUCUAGUGGUAGAACUUACUUUGCAAGUAGUAUAGCUGAUCUUUUCACUACCGCACAUGAAAUAACAGGUAUCUGCUGGGUUGUUUUGAUUCCACUAACAACAUUUACAUUAAGAACUAUAUUUACAUUGCCUCUAAGUAUCCUUCAAAGGAAACGCAUAGUGAAACAACAAGAAUUAAGAAAGAUUUCCCAGAGCAGUAUUCCAAUUGUGAAGUCAAGGUUAGCAUUAUUAGCUAAUCGACAACAAAUGACUCAACCUAGUAAGCCAGUAUUGACACCUGACCAGAUUCAAUUGCUGGCAUUGAAAGAAACCAGAAAACGUGGGAAACAAUUAUUCAAGUCUUAUAAUGUUCCUUUGUGGAAGAAUAUGGUAUUACCAUUAGUUCAAAUUCCAUUAUGGAUUACAAUGUCGUUUGGUAUUAGAAGCUUGACCCAACUAAAAAUUGAAAGAUCUACCAAAGAAUGGUUUGAAUCGUUUAACUAUAAGGGAACUGAUUUAACAGGCCCAUUUUCAGAUUAUCCUUUUAUUGUACCAGUGACAUUAGGUGCAUUAUCUUUAAUGAAUGUAGAAUAUAAUGGGAAGAUGAUGUCCAGAAGAGGUACAGAUAAUGUUGGUAUAGAAGUAUUUAGGGAUGAUCAAUCAAGAAUCAAUCAAGCUAUGAAAAGUAUUUUAAAUAUAUCUAGGCUUGGAUGCAUCUUUAUGAUGGGUGUGUCAUCACAGAGUGCUGUAUUACUCUCUAUAUAUUGGAUUUCAUCCCAACUAUAUUCAUUAAUCCAAAACGUCAUUUUAGAUAAAAUGUGGCCGUAUCGGAGAUAG